CAGACUGUGUCUGGAACGCCAGUGGCACCGAAGACAUCGCCCUGCAGAAUAUCCAGGCGAGAAGUCGCAUGGUCAUGGCCUAUUUCAUGGCGCAACUGAUGCCAUGGGCUACUGACCAGGCCAUGCAGGGCGACGCCGGGCCGGGAUGGGGCUCUCUUCUGGUUCUAGGCUCGGCCAAUGUGGAUGAAGCCUUACGUGGCUACUACACGAAGUAUGACUGCAGCGCUGCAGAUGUGAACCCCAUUGGUGGUAUCAACAAAAGAGACUUGAAGGCGUUCUUAAUAUGGGCGGCCAAAGAAAGAGGUAUUGGUGAACUGGAACGGGUGGCCAACGCAGUCCCCACCGCAGAGCUGCGACCAGAUAAGGCUACAUUCUGUUUCUAUUCCUACGUGCCCAUUAGUGCUCCAGUCAGAUUCAUGGCCGCCAUGGCCGUUGCCUGCGCCACGCCCAGCGCGGCGCCAUGGCGCAAUCUUCUGGCCGCGUGGGUCGCAUGGGGCAGCCUCUGGGCCGCCAGCUUCUGUGGUUUGGAACUCCGCUGUCAACGGAGUCCGCGGAUGGGCUGCAGGAUCGCUGAAGGCGAGCUUUCGACCGAAGAGAGCGAGGAUCUGCUUGUGGCUUUGGGCCGAAAUCUUUGGGCUGCAGCAGAUGAACUGCUGGAAGUAAGCGCCCUCUUGGCCGCAGCUCCCCUCUCCGCCCUCGACGUGCGGAAGUUCUCCCCGCAGGGCCUAGGAGCUGCGGCGCUGGCCUUGCGAAAUGCGGCAGAUAUGAUGCUGGAUGAGGAUUGGGAGAGUGCCAUGGGCGAACUGGAGGUGGCUUCGGUUUCCAGCGAAGGUUUCUUGCCGCCCGCGUCCAUGCAAGGCUUAAUCGACCUUUUUGCCUACGAGGAAGCCAUGCCAAGUUGUGAGUGGCAAAGAGCUAAGUCUUCACUCAGACGUUUGUCCAAAAACUUGGCUGACGUGGCGGAGAAGCUGAGCGGGGGUGAAGUAGUGAACUCUCUGAAGCGCUCCUCGGAGUUCCUAUCGUCGGCUGCAAGACUUUUCGUGCCUGGUGGUUUCGAGAUGCCACCGGACCCUCGAAUCUAUCGGGGCCCACGUGGAGAGACACAGCGCGAUUUCUAUGGCUCUUUCUAUGUUCCUCCAGAGAAGCAAUACGUGGAGGACGCCCCCCCUGGCAGCCCCGCAGCCAAGAUCUUGGAGACGGUGCAGCGGGAGCUGGCCGAGGCCGGGAGCUCCUCCUCGGCGCGGAGGCAGGUCCUGCGGCGCCUGGUGCGGCGGCUGCAUCCGGAUCAGAACCGGGGCAAGGAGGAGGAGGUGACUCCAGCUUUUCGCUACAUCCAACGGAUUCGCUCGGAAGAGAUGGAUCAGCGUCGGAAAAAAAACAUGGGUUCCGUUGCGCUGCUCCCCUGUCGGAAUGACAUUUUGGCUGAUGUGGAAGGUGGUAAGAAGGUGGAGGAACAAAGUGAUGAGAAAGACAUGGGUAUGUCAUACGAUGAGCUCGGCGAUCUGGGACACUUGCGGAAGGUAGAGAAGUGUGGACCGCUCUCCACCUUUCUGAAGUUGCGGCAGCUCUGGUCCCACAAGACCGCCGAAUGGACGGGUCCCCAGGACAACGAUAAGGCGAUCACACCCUCCAUCCGGGUGAAGGUCCAGCCCAAGACCUUUGAUGAAAAGGUGGCGCAGAAGGAAAAUUAUGUCUACGAUGACCUCUAUGGCUAUUCCCUGGGAGUUCUGCAAGGGCAGGGACGAACAGUCGAACAGCUGAAAGAUCCUGCGGUGUGGAACGAACUCGCCCGAGCCAAAUGUGAGGAAGUGCAAAAGAUCCAUCAAUUCACCAACGACGAGCUGGUGCUUGCCGAUAUCUUAGACAUGAAUUUGCCCAUCAUGGCGAUGUCGCACUGCUCAGCUGGAUGGGAGGCUCAGCAGCGAACGACCGAGAUGCUUCCGGAGAUGCGUGCUAACCCCUAUAUUACAAAGAAGGCUGAAUAUCACAGCAUCACAGAUUGCAAGAAGAUCACCGAUCGUGAGUACGCGCGACAUCACUACAUGAAAUGUCUCCUGGGAAUCAACAACGCGGCAGCGGACGCAGCCUAUUUGUUUGCACGCGCUUGCUUAUUGGACGGUGGCAGCCGGAUUGGCCACUUCUCUGAGUGCCCCUUCGAUUUGGAGGUUGAAGUUUCGACAGCCCGCCCCGUGGCGCAACUGAGGCCCAAGGGCGUACCGUUGCAGGUGAGCCAACAGCCGUGCCUGUCGGGUUUUUCUGGCCGACCCUGGGAACAACUUCCGACAUCGCCCACCUUCAAUCGCGUGAAGGUGUCCAAUAUGGUGAAGAGAAUCAAGGCACAAGAUCUUCAGAAGGUCUUCUCUCGCUAUGUGGGCCCUGUUUGUGAUUGUACUCUACGGGAAGAUGUCGCCACGAUCACGUUCUGGAAUUCGGAGCACGCCUACGUUGCGAUUGAAAAGUAUGAUGGAGGCACUUUGGAGAUGAGCACCGACAAAAGUAAAGGAGCAGAUGGGAUUUUCCUUUUCGCGAAAGACGCCAACUUUCGAGAAACGAUGGAAAAUCGCUUGGGGCCUUUGGGUCAAUGCCAGCUUCGCCGCGGUGAAGGGUGGAUCACACUGUUCCGAAGAAACAUGGCUGAGCAACUGAAGCGUGAAGAUGUCUUGAACAUGAUUGAUUUCAAGGGGACAAUCAUCACUGUUGACCUGGACAGAGGACUGGUUGAUUGUGCUUCUGGCCUGGAGCAUGUGAUCAUUUUUUCGGCAUUGUACCAGCAAAAUCUCGUUUGGAGAGCAUGCAUUUCUGCUUGUGGAAACAACUUGAGAUCGAACAUUGGCUUAUAUACUUGA